GGUCUAACGUUCAUCAAUUCGUUCAAGCAACAAAUAUCACUUGAGAAUUUCAAAUUAAUCUUAAAUCAUUCAUAUUUAUUCCCUUAUGAUUAUCAUAUCAGAGAUAAUCAACGUCGUAUAAGUAACGAUACUAAUGGCAUCAUUAUAUAUCACUGUUUACGGAAGUAAGAAGACUUUAAUUAGAACUUUCAAUGUGAUAGAAUAUCUAAUUUGAAAAGUUUUCUUAUAGAUUUAACGGUGCAAAAUGAAUAUCUAAACAAAACUGGAAACGUGGGUAAAGUGUAAAUCAAAACGUGACUAUCCCACCCCACCCUUCCCCCCGUCCUCUUCCACUAUAAGCUGAUUUGACGUAAUCGAAAAAGAAGAAACUAUAAAGAACUUGAACGAUCGCGCUUCUUCAUUGGUCGAAAUCAUAUUUAUUGUAAUACGAUCACGUUUCGUAUCAUGGAUAUCUAUUCUUUAAAUUAAAUCAUUGUUUUUUUUUUUCCUCGAGAUCGAUGAUAUUUUAUAAUCAAUAAACGUUGAAUGCGUGCAGAUUUAUUGUGCGUAUCCGUGUUUCUUACAUUUGCCAGGCUAAGGUCAUGCAAAAAAAAGAAAAAGAAAAAGAAAAAGAAAAAGAAAAAGAAAAAGAAAACGUAAUAAUCGUCGAGAAAUAUCUCUUACGGAAAUUGUAUUAAGCCUACCCAUCUCCCCUUUACUUUCCCCCCCCCCUCCCUUCUCCCCCCUCUCCGCCCUAUGUGCGCGUUCGAUGACCUUGAACAAAACUAUCGACUCUGGCGUAAGAAGAAAAAAGGAGGGAAAUAAAAACGGCGAAGGGAGUGGGAGAAGGUGACGAAGAAAAAAAAAAAAAGAAAAAAGAGGAAAAAGUAUUAAAAAGGAAAAAGAAAAAACUAGAAGAAAAAAGAAGAGAAAAGAUAUAUGCAUAUAUAAAAUAAAAAUUAACACGAUAACGUACGAAACGCGACAUUCCUUAUCGAGCAGAGCGAGGGAUUCCCUAACAACUGUUUUCGUAUGGCCGUUCGGACGAUUAGAAGCAGCUUGAGAAGCGUGCGUAUCAAUUGAAUCGUUUGACCCGUUUUUAUUGGCAAGUCGUAGGAACGUGCGUCGGUCGUGGACGGGACAGUUGCCAGUAAAAGCUCAUUCGUCCGCUAUCGACUUGAAAAUUUUUGUUCAACUUCGAUCUACGUAAAUAUAUUGAUUUAAACGCGUGGAAGCGUUCGACAACGAGCGAACGACCUCUUCUUCAUCGCAAACGUCAUCUUCAAGUGAAUCUUAUUGUCUCCUUGAUCUUUGGAUAUGGUCAAAGAAACAUCAGAGGAGGAUAAAAUCUCAACAAUAACCGGUAAUGUCAACGUCGAUGAACCUGCCGAAUAUGAAAGAGCUAUUUCGGUUACUGGCUUUGGACUGUUCAACGUAUUACUCUUCAUGGCGGCAUUGCCGAUAGCAUGGACCGGUGCCUUUGAUACAACAUCACCCGCAUUUAUUUUAGCAUCUGCCGAAUGCGACCUGCAACUUACAUUUUUUCGAAAAGGACUACUCAUUGCAUUUCCCUUCAUAGCAAUGCUGGCCACUGCUUCGUUGUGGGAUUACGUGACGAUUUACGUAGGCAGAAGGACCUUGUUCGUUCUUGGCUUACUAGCGGAUUCCAUCCUAAAUAUACUAAGCACUGCUGUAGACUCGUAUCACGUGUUCUUACUCAUCAAAUUUAUCAGCGGUGUCAUAGCUGGCGGUCCACCCUCGAUGGUGAUGGGAUACUUAACAGAAUUUCACUCUGCAACAUAUAAACCACGUUUCGCCGCCUGGUCUGGUUUUCUGUUUUCCAUGGCAACUAUCGUACCAGCAGCUUUGGGCUUUACUAUAUUACCCUUAGAAUGGGUAGUCGAUGUAUUUGGUAAAAGCUAUAACAGCUGGCGAAUUUAUUUACUUCUUUGUUCAAUACCACCUGUUCUUGGACUUGUUACUGCUAGCAUGUUACCUGAAAGUCCAAAACAUCUCAUGGAAAUUGGAAGGCAGGAUGAGGCAUUAAAAUUAUUUCGUAGAAUGUACACCAUGAACACAAGAAAACCGGCCGAUACAUUCUCGAUAAAAGCUUUGGUCGUCCAGAAGACGCAAUUAUCACGGCCGACGUUAAGGGCGAGCCUCGAAAAAAUGCGAAUCGACCUUUACAACACUAAACUCUUGUUCUCGGCGCCUUAUCUUCCAGCCUUCUCCUACGUAACUUUCCUACAAUUUGGAAGUAUGCUCGGUUUUAAUACUAUGAGAUUAUGGGUCCCACAUAUGUUCAUGAUUUUAAGUAACUACGAUUACGAGCAUUGGAAACCUGUCGGAAGAGCUCCAACGAUAUGUGAAAUGUUGGAUCGUCAUGCCGCUAAACCAGGCAGAUUAUAUUUAAACAAUACAAACUUUGACGAUGCAUGCUUCGAGUGGAAAAUCAAUCCUGUCGUUUAUCAAAAUUCAACGAUAAUUGCAUCCUCCGCCGUUCUCUUCGGUUUCCUUAUGGGAUUUCUAAUGACGACGAGAUUACGAAAGCAAAUGAUAUUAUUUGCGGCCUUCCUGAUAUCGCUGGCAAGCAGUUUUGGAAUAAAUUGGGCACAGGCACCUCCCUAUAUGCUGACGUUAGCAGCCGCCGUUAUCGUGACAUCAAGAAUAGCGAGUAAUGUCGUUAACUCGGUGAAUGCCGACGUUAUUCCUAUACCGUUAAGGGCCACAAGUAUGAGUAUCAUCACGUCCUCCGGAAACUUAGGAGUCGCAUUGGGGAAUGUUAUUUUCUCAGCACUUCUUGAUUUCGAGUGUCUCGCAGGUUUCCUCGGUCUUGGCUGUUUUUUCAUAAUUUGUAUCAUCAUAACGUUCCUAUAUCCAAAACCGGUAAGGGCAUCGCCGCAGAGUUUAGCGUAGCACGAGAUGAUCGCACGAGAGAUUAGACGAAAAAGAUUUAUAUCUAUGAUGUAUUUUUGGAAGAAAAAAAAAAAUGAGAUACAUACACAUAUCCACAUAUAUAUUAUAUACAUGUAUAUACACAUAUACAGACAUACAUACAUGCACACACAUAUAUAUAUAUACAUAAAUAUACACAUACUUUUUUAUUACGUUUUGAUACACGAACAGUAUGAAAGAAGGAGAGAGAGAGAGAGAGAGAGAGAGAGAAAAAAAGAGAGAACGAUAGAAUGAGUGAACGUGUAUUCGGCUGUGAAAUAUUUUUCGUCGGAUGUACCUGACAAACGUUACGCUUUUGUCGAUUUCCUAAUAAAAAUCUAACAAAAGAAUUGCACUUUUAUCCCGAGUCAUAUAAAACACUUCGAUAACUUUAUUACGACGGUGUAAAAAAAAAAAGAAAAAAAAAAGUAAAUACGAGAAGAAACGAGACAGAAAGAAACGCAGAAUCAAAGCAAACGAUUGGAGAGAAAUAAAAAGAAAGAGAGAGAGAGAGAGAGAGAGAGAGAGAGAGACAUGUAAAAAAACAAAAUAAUAGUAAUAAUAAUAAAAAGAAGAAAAAGAAAAAAAAAAAAAGAUACAAUAAGAAACAAAAAUAUAAAAAAGGAAAUGAAAGAGAAAGAUUUAAAUUGAUCGAAUUGGAUAGAUUUAGCACUUUGUCGAUUCUCUUUGGUCCAUGAUAAUUGCAUUUCGUUUGGAAACGCGACUCUCGAAAGACAAGCAAAGCGACAACAAUUACAAGGAUGACCCACUUGGCGAAGUUCCACCAAGCAAAUCAUUAUA